ACUUGCAUAGUGGUUGAGAUGUACGUUUUCUCCAACUGCAUGUUUUAGUUUUUUUUUUUCAUGUAAUUAUUGGCAUUUUGUUACUCUUAAGUUAUGCGGCUUAUCCUUAUAAUACAUUUGUAAGUUGAACUAAAAGGUUAAAUGACUUUUAAAAUUUUAUUCACUGCAAAAGACAACUGAUAUGCCUUGAGUGGAUAUGUAAGAACCGAGCUGCUGUAUAUAGCCUGAGAAUGAUGCACUCAAAUAGGAGAACAGGGUAUUUCAAUUAAUAUUGAUAUGCUAUCAUUGCUUUUAGACUCUUGGAUUUUGGGGAUUUCUUUAUCAAGGGGAUUUCGUUUGCAUUAUACCAACAUUUGGGAUUUCAGUGAUCUCUCAGGUCAGGAUUUAACAGGUUCUAUACCACCAGAAAUUGGAAACCUAUCUCAUUUGGAAUCACUAAACUUGAGUUCAAAUAGUCUUGUGGGCUCAAUUCCCAACACUUUUGUGAAGUUGUCUCAGCUUUCGGUACUCAAGUUAUGUGAUAACAAGUUGGAAGGACCGCUACCGAAGUUCCUUCCUGAACUGAAGUCAUUACGAAGCUUAUAUUUGUGCAAUAAUUUGUUUAGUGAAUCAAUUCCACCGGAAAUCGGAGGUUGUCCAAAGCUUGAAUUCCUGUGA